GAAACACAUGGACAGCGCCGCCGAGACAGCGACUCCCCGUCCCCUCCACCGCCGCUAUAAACCCUCCCCCCUCGCCGCCUCCAUCUCCACCAUCGCUCUUGCUCCAAAUCCUUAGUUUUGCGAUUCACUUGCUCCCAGUUCCCGGUGUAGUAAUUCUUUGCCCCUGUGAGUAGAACUACUAUUAUCAAGGGUGGGAAACAGAGCAGCUACUUAGAGAAUGGAGUGCAGCGGCGACGAGGUGGUGGAGCUGAACUGUGCCCGCGCCGGCGGAGACCCCGGAGAGUACGCCGCCGUGCUGAAGAGGAAGCUGCAACUGUACUGCGCCGCCGUGGCCAAGACCAUGGAAGGUGACGGUACUGUUGUUCAAGGAAAGCCAGCUAAUAGUUGUACAUCAAAGGAGCAGUCAGAUGAUGACGAUGGGGAUCUCGAGGAAAAUACAGACCCUGCCAGUGCCAAGCGCGUGAAGAGGAUGCUGUCAAAUCGAGAAUCUGCCAGGAGGUCAAGGAAAAGGAAGCAAGCCCACCAAAAUGAUAUAGAAUCACAGGUUACCCAGUUAAGAGCUGAGAAUGCAUCUUUGCUAAAGCGCCUGACUGACAUGACUCAGAAAUACAAGGAAGCUUCCCUUGGCAACAGGAAUCUUACAGUUGAUAUUGAGACUAUGAGGAGAAAGGUGAAUAUAGCUGAAGAAGCUGUCAGGAGAGUAACUGGAGCAAGCUUGAUGUUCUCCACUACAUCAAACAACGUGCCCUUGUCUUCAUGUGUAUCUGUUGCAGCUUCUGCUGAUGCUGUUCCCACUGAGGAAAACAUGAGCCAUUUCCUCCAGGGUUUACUUGAAGACGAUCUGAUCAAACAUGACCUCUCAGAGGUAGCAACCCCUUUGCCCAAUGGGGAAGAGAUGACCUCAAGGCCAGCCCCUUUGCGACGCGUCGCGAGCCUGGAGAACCUGCAGAAGAGGAUCCAUAGAGAUUCAGUGCACACUGAGGACACGUCGAGUUUCCCGGACCAUGAAGUCCCUGCCAAUGGUUAGUAACUGGACUGUAUAAUUCUCCAGUGGGCUAAGUUUUGUCGUAAAGUAUGGAGGCUGUGGCGUCCGUGUAUAUCUGGAUGCUGAACUUUGUGUAUACUAUUUUGAAGGUAAAUAACCUGCACUUCAGUCUUCUUAUCCUGCUUCUUUGCGCUUCUCAGCCUUGUGAAUAUUGUGCACAAGCAGGUAACUGUACUGCACAUGUCAGUGAUGAGCAGAACUGUGUUUUCCAUU